AUGAAAGUUAAUGAAGAAAUUAUUGAAAAAUAUGGAUUAAAAACUAAAAAAAGAUUAAAUAUUUCAGACCAAUUAUGUAUUAACCAAAACAACCCUGAUGAAAAAUCCCGAGAAGUAUCCAAAAUGAGACAAUACUAUUCCAAUGCUGAUUAUACUUUAAUUUCUAUAAAUACUGAACUAGGGGACAUUAGUGAUGUUGAUUUAAUGGAUAUUCUAAAAGUCAUAGUUCGUUCGGAAUGGUUCACCCGUUCUUGA